AUAAAAAGGAAAAAGUUUCAUAGUGCACAUCAACCUGAAGAUUCAUUAGAUGUUAAUUUAUCUACAAAAUCUGUCAGUUAUUUCGAAGAUUUAUGUAAUGAAAUUAUUUAUGAAAUACUUGAAUAUUUUGACUUCGAUUAUAUUUAUGAAACUUUUUCGAGUCUUAAUCAACGAUUUGUAAAUCUUAUUAUCAAUUCAAAUCUUCCAAUUAAAAUCAAUAUUUCAUCUGUAUCAAAACCAAAUUUUCAACGUUAUUAUAAAGAUAUAAUUCUACCUUAUCGACAACGAAUAAAAUCACUUCGUAUAACAAAUUCAUUUACUGCUGAUAUUAUUUUAUCAUCACAUGAUAAUAUUUCAAAACUAACUCGACUUGAAACACUUAUUUUUACUAACAUUUCACCAUCGUAUAUUCGUAAUCUUCAAUAUUUAAUUAAUCUACCAAAAUUAUCUUCAUUAACCAUCACUAAUGAUGGUUAUACUAAGACUGAAGAAACUGAAUUUUGUCAUCAAAUAUUUCAAUUACCAGUUUUAAAAUAUUGUAAUAUAUUAUUGGGAAUGGAUUAUACGUUGUUAGUAUCAUCAUUACCAUUUGCUACCAAUAAAUAUAGUUUAAUUGAAGAUCUUGUUAUUAAAAAUUAUAUUCAACUUGAUACACUUUAUACUAUAUUAUCAUAUACUCCUCAUAUUCGUCGUUUAUCGCUUUCUUAUUUAGUCGAACCUGAAAAAAGACAAAAUAUGACGUUUUCAAUUACAUUGAACCAUUUAACAUAUAUAUCUCUUAAAUUAACUUCUUUCGAUUUUCAUCACUUCGAAUUAUUGGCUAAAGAUCUCUUCCAUAAUCUCCAAGUAUUACGUCUCUAUGCCAGUAGUGAAAUAACAUAUUUAGAUGCAAAUCGAUGGCAAAAUUUAAUAUUGUCUCAUAUACCAAAUUUAACGAUAUUUGAUUUUCAAUAUGUUUAUUUUUUAUGGUCUAAGAAAGAUAUGUUGCCUUCUUACAAAAAUCUGAUACAAAAAUUUACUUCUUCAUUUUGGAUCGAACGACAAUGGUUUUUUUCUACUCAAUAUCCUUAUAGAAAAAAUGCAGGCAAUCUUAUUUUCUUUUCAGUAAAACCAUAUAAGUAUAAGAUAAAUUUAUUUAUGUACUAUAAUCUAUUUUUAAUAUUUUUAGAAGAACAACAUUUAGAUUAAGUGGAAUAAUGAAAGAAAAAUUAAAUUUUAAUUCUGUUCAUCAUAUUAACAUAGACAAUAUACACGUAAUCAGGAGU